UGCAGUUUUCUCCUAUGAUACACUUUUUAAGCACAUUUUCUAGGCAUAAAGCGUGUUUUUAAAUGGCAAAUUAAAAAAUGAGUCUUAUUUAAUGUUAGCUAGGCCUUACUCGAUUCUUAAUAUUCUUAAUUAAUCUCUUUCCUGUUCACAUAAUGACUAAUAGCUUUUGUUACAGCAGCAUAUAAUCUGCUAUGUUAGUAAAUUAUUUUUUUCCGUGUGUGAAUCAAUCAGUUCAAUACUUAAUUACUAGUUAUCUUUUUUAGCUUCUCACUUCCUUUUUAAAAUCCCGUGUGCAUUUUGUCCCUGUCGGAUUUAUCUUUAUCUCUACGUGCAGCGUGCACCGAGGUACGCCCGUUUAUGCUUACAGAUUACACAAUAUUACUUCGCUGCACGUUUGUCACGUCAGCGUCCGUUUCUGAUACGAAACAAUGUUUAUUACGCCGAUUUAUAUAACAUGCGUCUCAAUUAAAGCGUAAUUUAUUUUAAUUGUGCUUCGCGCGGAAAUAGAGUAUUUGCCACGCGCGAAAAUAAUAUUUUUCCAGCGUUAAUUUAAACGCCAGCCACGGGACCUGCGGGGAAAAUAAAAAAAAAAGGAAAGGCACAAUUUCGAGUGGCAUUUAUCGUCGCGUUAACAGCUAUCUCCACCAUUGGUAUUUAUCACCGUUAUAUUUAUAGCGCCCGUUGAUAACUCGUCACAGAGCGGUGCUCUUCGGAAAUUUUAGGAUACAGGUAAAUCGGCUGAUAAAACAUUUAUGCGUAACACGCCGUGUUUAUAUGUAAAUAAAUCGCCGGAGCGUUACCUCAGCGUGUAACUUUUUGAGCGUUGGACAGGAAGGGGGACUUUACCAAAGAAAGAAGAUGUGCGCGUGUGAUAUGACGUUUUAUGCAAAUGGCGAUUCGCCGUAACACAAUGUACGGUGACGUUUUGUUGCAUCGAAUGUCGGAAGCUUCAUCAUAAAAAGGUUAUCAUCAAAAGAGCUAUUCUUUCCUUGCGAUUUAUGCGACAUGUUGGGAGAAAUCAGUGGCGUUUUUAUAUGAAAAACGGUGGUAUUUAAAUCCACAAAUAUACGAGGUGUGUUAGAAAAGUAAUGAGACUGAUUUUUUUCUAGCCAUAAAUAAUAUUUUUUUUUUACACAUCAAUUUUUUACACACAUUUUUACACAUUUUUUUACACAACAUUUUACACAUUUUUUACACACAAAAAUUAGAUAACAUCCAGAAGAGCGUAACCGACGAGCUGAAGGGUAUUCCAGCAGAAGCCUUCCAGAACUGCUACGAAGACUGAAAACAACGCCUCCAUCGCUGUAACUGCCCAGGGAACUAUUUUGAAGAGGACAACCUUGAUGUGUAAAAAAAUAAAAUAAAAUUCAUGCUUACAAAAAAAUCAGUCUCAUUACUUUUCUAACACACCUUGUAGAGGGACUCUGCGAAAUAAUUCCGUUUGGAUAUGUUUACGAAUUUUACUAAAUUAUACAAAAUACUGAUAUAACUAUUUUAUUGAAAAAAACACUAAAGGUUGAAUGGACCAAAUUAAGUGGAAAAAUAUUGUACUCUUCUAAAAUUUUCGUAAUAGUUAACGAGUUAUUAAUUUAUAAAGAUAGCUGAAUUUCCAUGGUUUAUCGCUAAAUGUAAGCGUGCGAAAAAAAUACAACCAUCCAACUAUCAACAAUGACAAGUGCACAAGAUAUUUGGAGGUGUGCUCUACAUGUCAUUUAUAGCCAAUGCUUAUAAACAACUCCCACGCUCCUAAUAACGAUUCCCGAUACACACAAAUACACGCGCGCGUAUGUGUGUGUGUGCGUGUGCGUGUGUGUGUGUAAAAUAAAAGACAGUGCGCAUUACAUUUUCUUAAAUAUUGAAAAAUGUAUUUGCUGUUUAUAACAUAUAUUUAUGAUUUAGGAUAAACAUAUAUUAUUAGGAUAGACAUGUAUUUUUCAAACUGUCUCAAAAAGUGAUUAAUAUUAUCAAAUAAAGAAAAGAUAUUAAAACGAGUGUCUUAUUAGUAAUCUCGCGAAUCUACUAACAAAAAACUUUGUAUAUCAGUGGUUUCGAGUGAAAAUAUUUUUUUAUGUUGAGUUAAUACAUCACAACUUGAUGCACUAGAUACUAGAGCUCUAAUGGAUACGUUAUUCUCACGAGCGUGUGCGUGGCGCGAGUCGUGUUUGAUUGUGACCAAUUGUGACCAGUCGUGAUCGUCGUGAGUCGUGAAGUUACAAACAUGGUAUUGUGUCUGUUUGGAACCAGAAAGAUUAAAGAAGAUUAAAAAAGACAAAGUAGAAAAAGAACAAAAAUAUCAAGAGGCCGAGAAAGUAAGUAAACAUUGCAUUAAGAUCACUUUAGAGAAAAUAUGUACAUUGUAUAUUCAAUACUUCUUUUUUUGUUACAGUUAAAAGUGAGAGCGGCCGCCAUUAGCGCCGGUGUCGCGUUGUUGCAAAAGUCGCAUGGCAAGAGGACGGCGACAAAAUUGUUUCCAUCGCCAUUGUUAUUGUCGCCGCUACAAGAAACGCACGAUCACCACACGAGGAAAAUUUUAAGAGUGGCACCACUACCAAGGGUACAUAAAUCGCAAGAACACGACGAUCGCAGAUCAGCGGCAGAGAUGCCGCAAUCUUCACGUUCGAGAAAACUAACGAAGCUGAAAAAGUUGACAAAAAAAGUACGCAUUUUAGCUCUACAAACAAAGCGAAGAAGAUUGGGCUGUCCAAGAUAUGUGAACAAGCUCUCCAAGAUAUGAGAACUUUCUUCGCCUUCAGUCACUUUCCUUUAUGCAGCCACCACCGAUGCCGUAUCAGCCGUAUGGGCCACCAGCAGUGCAAUACAAUUCACUAGCAGUGCAAUACAGUUCAGCAACAGGGCAAUACAAUUCACCAGCAGGGCAAUACAGUUCACCAGCAAUGCCGUAUGGGUAUGGAAUGCCAUAUCAAUCUCACCAUACAGCGAAUAUCCAGUACCUUUCUAUCCAUGACAAUAGAAGUUAUUUCUAAAUAAUUAUUUUUUGUGUCUUUCGAAAUGCAUAUAUGUAUGUACCAAUAAAACGUUUUUAUUAAUAUUUAAUAUAAAUUUCUUUUUUGUAAUUACAAUGUAUAUAUGCUAUGUACACGCACGCACUCACGCACUCACGUACGCACGCACAAACAUAUAUAUAUAUAUAUUAGUAUCAUAUGAAAAAUAUUAAUAUACUAGUCUUGUUGAUGUUCUUCUCAUAUUAAUAUUAUACUCUGAGCUAAAAUUGCAAUCACAUAAUUUAACUAUAAUUUAUAAUCAUUUUUGGUGCCAAUUAUAUAUUUAUAAUUGUAAUCACGCAAAUUAUAAUUAUUAGUUAUUGCUCCGUAAAGAAAGAAAUGCUGUUGAAUUAAUAUCAUUAGUCUAAUUGGAAACGUUUUGAUAAUUUAAUAACAAUAUCAAUUCAGAAACAAGAUUAAAAGUAAAGGCAAUAAUAAAUAUAGUUGAAUGAAAAUAAUUUAGUUAAAUCAAUUACAUAUGUUAGUAACAGCUCGUGAUUCAAUGUUUAAUUGAAUAAAAUUAUGUUCUGUAUUACAAUAUUUUUUUAGUGUUCCUAAAUAGUAAGUAAAUCUUUAAAAAACAGUUAUCUUUAUUAUAAUUGUGAUUACAUUUAUUACAUAGAAAUGCAUAUUUUACUUUUACCAUCCACAUCUUGAUACUUAAAAUAUCAUAAGUAAAACUUGAAAUUAUGUAAGCUAUUCUGUAUGUAAAGCAAGCUUUUCUUUACAAUAUUAAACUUACUUAACAAUUUUGCUAAUUAAAAAAAUUUUUUAGUAGAUAUAAUUAUUUUUACAAGAAUUUAAAUUAAAUAUUAAUAUAAUUAUUAAGAAUGCAUUCCAAUAAUCACUGCGAGUACUGAAAAUCUAUAGUAUGUAAAUUAUUCAAUACCGAUAGUGGCUAUCGGAAUGCAACCCAAGAUAUAAAGUACUGUAUCAGAAUAUUUUUAUCCAAUCACACGAUUAGCGCACAAUCUAUUAAACAAAUAUAAAUGAUAAUAAAAGAAAUAUAAGGAUAAUAUUGGAAUAUAUAAAUUUGUUUGGUUUUUUGCCUUUUUUU